AUGCCGGUCACUUAUUUUCACUGUGGCUCGUUCCAGACAACGUUGACGUUGAUCAUGGGGGAGAGAAAUGAAACGGUCGUGUCUGAGUUCAUCCUCCUGGGAUUCUCCAGUCUUGGUGAGAAAAUGAAGAUUUUUCUCUUCCUGGUUCUUCUCCUCAUCUACCUGACCACAAUAACGGGGAACGUGGUCAUCAUUUUCCUUGUGUGGGCGAAUCACCGACUCCAUGCCCCCAUGUACUUUUUCAUCGCCAAUUUGUCCUUCUUGGAAAUCGGGUUCACCUCAACCACCAGCCCUAAGCUGAUGCUGAACUUCCUGUCGGUCAGCAGAACCAUUUCGUUCCUUGGCUGCAUGGCUCAGUCCUUCUUAUAUUUCGCAUUAGGGAUCACAGAGUUCAGCCUCCUCGUGGUCAUGUCCUUCGAUCGCUAUGUGGCCAUCUGCCGCCCUUUGAACUACGCCACCAUCAUGAAGCAGAGACUUUGCUACCAACUCGUUCUUGGUUCAUGGGUGGGAAGUUUCACAGUCAUCGGGUUACGGAUGCUCCUGAUUUCGAAGCUGAGAUUCUGUGGGCCGAACGUGAUCAACCUUUUCUUCUGUGACAACGCGCCCCUCUUCCAGCUCUCCUGCACCGACACCCGUGGGAUCAAGAGCGCGGACUCCAUUUUGAUCUCAGCUUUAGUGCUGACAUCGUUGUGCUUGACAAUGUUGUCCUACAUCAGCAUCUUCUGCUCCAUUCUGCGAAUGCCGACAGCCACAAGCCGGCAGAAAGCCUUCGCCACCUGCGGCUCCCAUCUCACCGCGCUGGCAAUUGCCUAUGGAAGCUGCAUUGUUCUGUACGCUCGGCCUUCAGGAAAUUCCUCUUUGGAGCUCAACAAAGGGGUGGCUGUGCUGAACACCAUCAUGUACCCUUUCCUCAACCCCUUCAUCUACAGCUUCCGAAACAAGACCAUGACGCUCUCGCUGAAAGAAACAAUCAGCCGGGCUGCUACAAUGGUGUUCCCCAGUCUGUGCCAUCAUUCUGGGUAG